AUGACGACUAAAGCUUGUUUUGCUCUUUUGACACCAGAAGAUUUUAUUGUUGUGAAUGGUAAAAAAUACUCCUUUGAAGAUACUUACUCAGAUAUACCACCAACAGGUUUUGUUGACUUAUUUAAUACUUUAAGGACGAGUGUAACAUGUGCUGCAACUAGAGCAGGUUUCAUUAUGUUUGGAUGUCCGACUGAGUUUACUAUAAACAAUAUGAGCUAUAAUACAAAACUUAUAUCUGGUUUUUACUACCAACAGUUUCCUAUAACAGGAAAAGGUGUCAUACAAGGAAUGUCUGUUCCAUUGACUUUAAGUACACCUAUUUUAUAUAUUGUUUCAAACUUAGGUUCAAAGUGUUAUUCGAAUGUCGACAGAAACUACUAUGACCAAAAGAUACUUAUGCGUAUAAACAACACUUUCUCUGCUGGUUUGCCUAUUGUUCAUUCGAAUGCAGAAUUUUCAACCUUAGUGAACUCAAACACUUUGGCAAGUAUAACGUUGACAUUAGUUGACGCAAACUUUGUUCCUGUAAAACUUUUAUGUCCUAUGUAUUUGUCAAUGACGGCAGAAAGUUUCGAAUUGGAAGAUGCAACUGGUGAAAGUAUUGUAUUACAAGAACAACUUCAACAACAAAUAGCUCAAGAACAACAAAUAGCUCAAGAAUAA